UCGGAGGUAGACUGUGAAAGAGUCACUGGAAGAAACACUGGAUUCACGAGAUGCAAUUAUUUUGAUUGCGCCAUCAUUGAUAAAAAUAAGGAGAGUGUUGAUAGUCCGUGUUAUAUAAUUAAAAAACAAAACAAAAAAAGAAAAAACAUUAGUAUAUUCCACAAUAUGUCUAGAGGAAUUCCAGAUAUUUGUCCACCGAAUGAAAUCCUGCAUGGUUGAUUUGAACAUUACAACUGAUAUGAAAUUAAAUAUUAUUAUAAGCUAAACAUUAGAACCGAUAUGAAAUUAUAUAGUAUGAUAAACUAAACACAAUGUUGCAAAGUGACUCAAACAUGUUAACGGCAGUGAUAACAGGUUUGGUGAUUUUCACCAUUGGACAAGCCUCGCCUCCUCUACUGGUAGCUCAAGUGUCUGAUUUAUCAGUCCAUAAUGUCACAUCAGUACGGCUAACAACCCAGGAUGUACUCAAUACAACAGCAAAGCUUGAUGCAUCCAGUGUGGAGGACUCGGUCUCACAAGUGAAAGAAGCUAAUAAAGUGAUUCCCGUCGUCCCUGGGCCGUCGUCUUACAGAAUCUCUGCUGAAGAACCCGCGUGGAUCACGACUGACCCGCCCCACAUGGGAGAGUCAGCCGUCAAAGUUUCAACUGAUUUACCAGAUCUCAACUUCGGCACUCGUUCACCCUUCGUCUCCGAAGAUAUAAGCACGACUUGGGAUUCUGAUAUAACUACAGAUGUGGUUACGACUGCCAGUGAUGAGACGAGAGCCACCACGACUGAGGGGGCAACGGAAGGCGGCAGCAAGCGAGGGACAGUCGUCAACUGCUUCUGCGACUCCUACGAAGUUUAUGUUGAAGGCGUUUGUCGUUCAAAUUCAAAUUCAAAGAAACCCGUUGCAGAGAAGCGAGUGAUAAUAAAAGACCUGGAGUGCGACACAGAAAGUGGAGUCAUAAUGCUUAACUUCUCAAGAGAACAGUUUAUGCUAAGAGACCGCGGAGACAUCGUGCUGUCGAAAGAAGUUGGGAAAUUCGGUGGUCUCCGCAUCAAAGAUUACUGCAUUACUCACUCUUUGGAUGAACGCACAGAACGCACCUGGACCGUGAAGGUGUGCGUGGACCCGCCAAAAGUACCACGAUGCUGUCCACCAGGCCAAGCCAUGAAGGACAAUGUGUGUCGGCCGGCUCGUACGCCAGAGAAACUGGAACCCCCGAUCUCUGCAAAUCCGUAUGGUCCAGCUAUAUCAUGGCCCCAUAUCGAGACCUAUGAAAAGCCCCUCAACUGUAGUGUGGAACACAUGAAAGAUCUCCCACUGAUACCCAGAGUCUCCUACUUAGCAUCGCACACCAGGGGCUUGGUCCACAUAUGGCAUGCUGAAGAGACCGAUUACAAGUUUCAGUACAGAUUCGAUCCCAAAUUCUGCGUUGACGGGAAGCAGAAGGACGAUGGAUCGGUGUCUUAUUCAGUAAAGGUAUGCUUCGAAAGUGCUAUGGAGCAACAUCAAAGAUUGUGUUCCGAAAAAGUCUGUGUGAGAAAAUGUUGUGCGGAGGGAGAAAUAGUGCAAAAUUAUUUGCACUUGUGUGUUCGGAGUUCAGCGGCAGAGUUUGAGCCGCGCAUGAACACUGAAUACAACCGCGUGAUAGGCAAACCCAUAUGUGACCGUUACACACACAUUACAGACUUCCAAUUGUCACCCGCCACGGGGUAUCUCGCCACAUGGAACACAAUCCUACCAGCGAGUUACUACUGCAUUGACAAGUUUUCUGAUCAAGAAGGCAGGAUAAGUGACGGUGCCUUAGCAUGCAUCAAUUUUAGUACAUGGGAGAAGGCUCAGGACAUCGGGCUCCCAAUCUGCAUGACCAUUUCCCUAGUCUUUCUCCUUAUAAUCGUCGUCUGUUAUUGCACAGCACCAAUAAUGCUAAAGAAUAAAGGAUGGUAUCACUUGUGUUAUGUGGUGUCACUUAUCAUUGCAUAUUUCUCUGCAGUCAUGUUACAGUUCCUCAGCAACGUUCAGCAGUCAAGCUGUAUCGGAUUUGCCAUAUUAAUGCAGUUUGGAUAUCUGUCAUCAUUCUUCUGGCUCAGUGUCCUUUUUUUUGAUGUCUGGAGAAUAUUCAGGAGCCUCAACAACAGACUGCGUCCACCUCGACCCAUUCCUCCCUAUGUCUACCAUAUUUAUGCCUGGAGUGGACCUCUUGUGAUAUGUUCAGUCACACUGGGUUUGCAGUAUGUGGAUGCAGAUGACGUUCCUUCUUGGCUCAUUAAACCGCAUCUAGGGGAAUACAGGUGUUGGUUUGGAAAGGGUAUGGAGGAGCUUGUGUUUUUCUAUCUGCAUAUUGCCAUCCUGUUAUUUGCCAAUUGUCUCUUCGCUGGUCACACAUACUGGGUCCAGAGAAAAAUGGAUGAAAGUUUGGCGGCUCUUAGAGCUGACAAAAACGGAAAUGGCGAGAGAACUGCACCAGUUGUCCACAGCAAACGGAACUACUACUCUGAAUUCAAAACAAAGUUCUUGUUACUGGCUCUCAUAUCGAGUUGCUGGGUGCCAGAUGUUCUGUCUUGGCAAAUUCCUUCAGUAGAGUUUAGGGCUCUCACUAAUAUAUUGAACACACUCCAGGGUUUCUUCAUGUUCGUCAUUUUCUUGCAUGACAGACAGAAACGGCAGCACCUCAAAGAGAAAUUCCCGAACCUUUUCAGAUUUUUCGAGAACAUCUUCAGUAAACUGAAACAUUUUCUUAGAUGUUCUUCCUGCUCAGCAAAAACGUUCUCGCCGUACACUUGCAUCUCAACACUCAACAGGAAGCUUUCCUUGUCAUCCAUUGUCACAAAUCUCUCGACUCUUUUAUCCUCCAUCAAAAUAACUUCCACAUCCGUAUUCAAAGUUGACAGUGACAGGCGCUCUCCACAAAGAUCCGAGUCGUUUGACAGUGACAAUGGCAUCAUUACCCUCUCACACACUCCCAUAUCGCAAACGAGAAGCAUAUCUUCAAGCGAGAGUGUCAGCAACGCCUCCCAGCGAACAAGCUCUCUGGACUUACGUGGGCCAACUUACUGAAAAAAUGUUAGAAUAUAGUUUUUGCCAGAACUCAUUACCUGUUCGUAUUUUUAAAACUGCGAAUGUUGUGUACAACUCUCUCCCACGAGGAAUUUCAUGAUUCCCAUUUUUUAUCUUAAAAUUCACACUUAUCAUAUUACAAUGGACUCUCAAUGAUAGACUGGAAAACUUAACAAUUCUCCAGUAUACUAAAAAAUAAGAUAAAAUAGUAAAUAGAUAAAUAAAUAUUUUUCUAAAUGAGGAAAUCUGAAAUCAAUUAACUCAAGUAAUGCUCUGCUUACGUUCUAUUAUAAUUGUUUUACAUCUCUAUCUUUAGUAACUAAGCACUGAACUGUACCUAUGUAACUAAUAAAGAAGAUUUUUUUAUUCAUAUCAUGCCAUGAACACCGACUGGAACCAUGAUGAUAAUACGUUGUGAAAAGUACAAUAAUUUGCAUAUGGAUGUCAUUGCGUGUAUGUGUGUUUAAGGCCGGGGUGGCCGACCAGUGCCACACAGUCCACAUUUGGCACACUGGAUUACUAGAAGUGGUUGGAAGUACGGCAGCAAGCACUGAGUACUUUUAGCGAUUUUAACAUUGCGUUCAAAUCCUUUUCGGCAAAUGCGCUCUUUCGUGAUGUGUAUUUAGUGAGAGUGUGCGUAGUAUAAGAAGGCCUAAAAUCAUAUUGCAGCGAGAGGACGGGGGGAUUAAGAGGAAGAAUGUUUCGCUUAUCAUGUAUGAACAUUGAUUGUGAAUCAUGAAAUGUGUUCUUAAAAAGUACAAUGAAGCUAGUCUUUGACAAUUUUAUAUACAUAUUGUGUUCAUUUUAUUAGAGUGAUUUUAAGGAAACGUGCUAUGCGUCUGCUGUUCAUAUCACAAUACUGUUAAGUCAUAUUAAUGUGUGUGAUGUUUAUUUAAGAUGUAGAUCAACAUAUAGAUAGUAUAUUUAUAUGCCACGUCUCUA